AUGAGAACAGACAUUGACUCCAUGCAGGAAAAGAUGGAUCGCUUGCUGGAAACCAUGUUGCUCCUAGCCCAUAAGGAGAAGGAUGCAGAGACUAUCGCCGAAGCCAGGAAAGUUGCUGCUCAGUUUGGAUCACCAUCGCUUAGUAUCCCUGGAGUAACUGAACCUGAUGGUAACCCUGCCCAGCCUAGAGGAGGACCGAUCCCUAUUCCUGUUCCCAUGGUCAACAUGAACCCCCAUGAGCAUCCUGCUACAUCUGCUCAACAUGGAUCCAUGAUGGGUGAUGAAGAUCCUUAUGACGUUUUCUUCAUGCCACAACCCGUCAAACCUGUUGUUGGAGGUCUCCUAAACCCUGCUGUUGAGAGACUCCAUGCUCUAGAAGAGAAGUUUAAGUCCUUGGAGGUUCACACUACUCCCGGUUUGGACGUUGUUGACAUGUGCUUGGUACCAGGCCUCGUGAUUCUGCAGAAAUUCAAAGUCCCAGACUUUGACAAGUACAAGGGGAUCUACUGCCCUAUGACUCAUCUCAGAGCCUACUGUUGCAAGAUGGCUGCCCACAUCAGACAUGACUCAACGUAA